AUGGCACCUAGUCAAGGUGGACAGUUGGAGAAUGUUAUUGAUGAAGUUUUAAAGACUGGGGAUCCGCAAGCACUGGAUGUAUUCCUAGAGAAAGACAUACAUGAGGACUCUAUAAUGAAGUGCUCUCAAGAGUUUCUCACCAAAUUGGAUAAACUGGUAAACCGGAGUUUUGAUCAAAAGGAUGCCAAAUCAGCCAGUUUGGGUUUUGCAAGUCUCUACAAGUGUGGGAAAAACCUAAAACUACCUGGUUGUGGUCAAGGACUGUCACGUUUAAUAACUCAAGGACUGAUUAAGAAGAUGGUCCAGUGGUUUGAAAAAUGCAGGCAAAUGUGGAUCCAGCAUGGCCCACAUUGGGAUGAGACGUUGUUCACACUCUCUGAGAACUUCUUAAAUGCCUUAAUGGUAGUUCAUGAAACGUGCAAAGAGGGAAAAUACAAAAUCACAGAGUCCUUCCUGUAUCCUGUUGGUCAGCUGGCAAUAGACCCUAGAAUUUACAUUCUGAUCCAAAAAGAGGCAAUUCGUAAAUAUAACCUGAUUCUGGACCAAAUUCCCGCUGAGUUGAAGAAAGAAAGGAAGAUUCUCACAUCGCAGGAGGCCUCAGAUAUAAUGACCAAACUAGCCAGUCGGAUAUUGGAGGGUGGUGAUUAUGACUUACAAUCAUCACUGAUGGAGGCAUUAUGCAGAAUGGCCGCUCCUGACCAGCGGAAGAGGCUCGCUGAGCAGUGGUUCACCAUGGGCCAUGUGUCCAGUGCAUUUGCCCAGAUUAGUGAUUCAGAGUUUGAGACGGCUUGUCGCAGGUUUCUGAACAUGGUGAACGGAAUGCAGGGAGACAAGAGAAGAGUGUACUCUUACCCUUGUUUGGAAGUAUUUCUGGGUAACUAUGAGCUGAUGAUGCCUUCCGAUGAGAAGCUUGAGGAAUUCUGGAUCGACUUCAACCUUGGAAGCCACAGCAUCUCCUUUUACUUUUCUUUACCAGAUGAAGAGGAGGGCCACUGGGAAACAAUAUGCAUCAACAAAAAUGAAGUCCAGAACUACACUGUUACCGAGGAAGGCAAGAAGAGAGUCUUGCAGAUAAAGCUGACAGAGGUAGUGGUUGUUGGUGCAGUGGAAGGAUCCAGUCUCUCCAUCCAUUUCAGCUCCUGCCUGAACAUCCUACACGCUGCUCGCAGUGUUUAUGGACUCAACAAAAACAAAUGUCCAUCUGCAGUGAAAGCUUCAGCUAAAACUGUGACAGAGGGGAACAGCACCCAGGUGGUUCCAGAGAGUCAGGUGUCACUUGGUGAAAGUGAGAAAACUACUGCUCCCUACAUUUUAUCUGCCUCAGUUGAACCUUCGCAGAUGGUAACCCCUGCCAAGACAAGGAUGUCAGAGUCCAUAACCUUCAUUUGCAGCAGCGGAGGAAUCGCGCACACUGGCAGCUCUCUUGCAUCUAAGUUAUCGGGCAGGGACAGAGAUAAGACGCCUCUUGAGAGGUGGAGCAUGCGUGAUACGACUGUUAAGACCAGCAGUCAUACCAAAACUCCUGGGAGCACAAAUGCAGUUGGCAUGAAAGAGCAGGGGACAGUUGUGGCUGAAGCAGCCGAUGUGGCUGUCGCUGGACAGGGAGAGGAAAAGGCUCUGGAGCAUUAUUUUAUACCUGACACCCAACCCAGAUCUGCACGAAGCACAUCAUGUUCGAGCUGGAACAAAUUGUCUAUGUCUGAAAUGUUAAUGAUGCCAACACAGAAAGUCAAUUUUCUGCCAAGAUCGGAGCCUCGUUCCAGAGUGGGACCACAGCAGGAGCGCUGCCCGCCCUCAGCACAGAAAUUAUCCGUUUCAGAUUCAAACCUUGUCAUCCAAAAGCAGCUCCACAGGGAGCUCACCCAGCGCCUACAGAAGGUCCUCAGUGAGAGGAACCCAGAUUCUUCACCUCAGAAGCCAAAGGCUGUUCAGAAAAAACCCUCCAAUACAAUAAGGGGCUCUAAAGACAAAGGUUCAGAAAACCAACGUGGUUCUUCACUGUGUAUUCCCAAAGGGCCGCUGGCUCAGGGAAACAGUCACAAGAAAGGGGAGAGUAAAAGCAGGAUGUCAUCUGGGGCAGAGACUGUUCCAAAAACAUCUUCACUCAUUAGUGCUCCCACCAAAACAGUGCAGGGAAGAGUACCCUCCAAGGCUAUGGAUGAAAUGAAGGCCAUCAAUUCAAACAAAGAGAAAAGAGACAAGGAGGUGGCAGGCAGCAUGUUAGAGCUCAUCUCUAGCCGCUAUGAAACUAAAACCAAAUCUACAGGAAAACAGACGACAGAAAAAAUUACCCAGAAUUGGAUUCCUCCUCUCGUCAACAGACCAAUCUUCAAUAUAAGCUGGUUAUCAACUAGUAAAAGCCUAUUGAAAUCCAACAACAAAAACGCAACAAACAAGCAGAGAAAAGAUAUUUUUGAUUUCAAAGUGGAUUCACCUCUCAGCAUGGGGGGAGGAAACAAAUUACCGGCUCCUGCCGUCUUGAGCAGCACGACAGGGAAAGCACCUCCUGCGGCACAGAAUAAGCGCUAUGUGAAAAAGCAUCUGUUCAGUGACACAGACACAGACAAUGCCAUGACAGAGGUCAGCUGGCUGAGAGAGUCCAGCAGAAAGGCAAAACCAAAAGUUACCAAAUAUUCCAGACAGGCACUCAUCAAACCCAAAGGAGCCCCUUCUCAUUCUUCUUUUGAGUCCACGGAUUUGCCCUCACCCUCUCCAAAAACUGUAGGUUUAAAAGCUGCGAAGGGUGAUGAGCCCAUUAAGAAAAAACCCGAUUUGAAGAAGGCCCCAGAUCAGCCAAAGAUGGGGCUGAAUAAGCUACAGACAGCAAAGUCAGCAGCAGCAUCUGGCAGACAACCUGCAGCUGGAAAAAGGCCCAGGCGAGCCGCAGCCACCUCGGCCAAGAGCUACAGAGAGCCAGAGACUGAUGACAGUCAGUCUGAAGCUGAGAGCCUGUCUCCUGCAAAGGAGGAAGUAGAGAAAACUUAUGAGACCACUCAGACAAAGAAGAAAAAGCCUGCCAGCAAGCAACCAUCCAACGUGGAUUUGAAUCAACAAACCAAGUCUGUCAUCAACAUGCCACCUGCUUUCAAGACAUAUUCUGUAGGUCAGCAGGGGAAGAGCAAUUCAGAAGUUCCACCAGUGAAAAAGAGAAAAAAUGCACCCUUUGAUAAACCAGCACAUGACUAUAAGAGGCCGGACAACAGCAACCACCUUGAGCAGCUUAGACCCGGGAAUGUCCUCAGAGAAAGUUCCAGGUCGAAAAAUAUCCCUGUCCAAGAACAGAAGAGUGCUUUGAAGAAUUCUUUGGCUGCCUACCAGACCUCUUUCUGUCCAUCCCCGCCUUUCAUCGAGAAGAUGAGAGCUGCAGGAGGGUCAGCCCCAACCCUGGCUUUGACCUGCUCCACUGUCCUCACCCCACAGGGAUCCCCACUCCCUACCUCCCCAAGGCCUCCUUGCGAGGACACCCCUUCGCCCAUCCUGCUGCUACCCAAACUUCACUCUCCAGUCAGCAGUAAAGGAAAACGUAAGCCAUCUUGUUUCCACAGCACAGAAAAAAGCCACGGCUCAACCAAGACUAAGUUCAUCCCAUCUCCCUGUUCACUGGGAGGUCAGUCCCCUGCAACCAGCCCUCCUGCUCAACAAACUGGACCAGAGACGUGCGCAGUCCAGCAGCAUCUGCCGUCAGCCCCUCUGUCACCUUUAUCUCCGUCCACUCAGCCCAUGCUGACGUCCACUCUUCUUGAGCUAGACAACGGACAUGUUACCUCUCCACCUCAGUCACCGUUCCCUGAAGACACUGUUAGCCAUGGCUGCCAUCUUGAGUUCAGCAAAGUGUCUUCAGGAUCCUUUGUUUCAGUGAACCAUUCAUCCACUAAGUCAUCAGUACGCAUUAAGCGAGUUAAGGACAGCUCCACAGCUGCACUGUCCCUUAAAUCAGAGAAAACACCUAUUUCAGACAGAGAACUUGAGUUCACAGACGAUCUUAUCUCAGGACCCCAUCGCAAGCGCCACAACUCCCUGUCCAGCAACUCUGAGGAAGAGGAAGAUAAGAAAAAAAGCAAGCUCCGAGGGCACCGUUCACCACGAAUGAAACCAAGGAAGCUGUUUAAGUCCUUUGCAGAGAUUUCCACUGUGGAUGAGGUGAGCCAGGCUGUGUGCUCCUCACAUGUGAGCUCCAGUCACUGGGAGUCUGAUGGGAUGGAUGCAGACGUGGACGAGGAUUUAGAGCUGACACAAUCGUCUGUAAACCCAAAUAACAUCUGUCAGCAGAUGAGCUCAGAGCUGAAAAACAAGCUCCAGAACCGCUGCACGAUAUUGGAGAUUUACGACAAGCAGUCUUCAAAGACUAUCCAGCAGCACGUCUCCUCCAUCAGUAAGCAGCUGACCAAAUGCAGAAUGCAGAGGCUUGAACAGGUCCAAAAAGUCCUGUUGGAGGAAAUCAGCAAAAUGGAAAAUGAUGACAGCAUCCUCAAAAGCAUGGAGAAGGACCUGACUAUGUGCUGGAAAAAGCAAAUGAUGACCUUCCGUACUUACCAGAAUCAGGAAGCCAAGAGAAAUGAAAACCUUAAAGGAGUCCUGCAGGGCAAUGCUUGCCAAAGCUUGGAGUACGAGGAGGGAAUAUUCACAUCAGAGAUGGGGAUGAUUAGAAAAGACAUGAAGUCAAUCCAGGACAGACUCCUCAAUGAGAUGCUGGAGGGAGAGAUCCAGAGCGUGAAAAGAGGCCUGCGUGCUCUGUUUUUCCCCUGAUGGAACCUGGAGUUGAGUUUGACAGGUUUUAAAUUUUAGCAAGCAGUGUGCGUUGUCCUCUGUAUUUCAGUCGUGUUCAUAUCAAGUCAUAGUUUUUCGAUUCAGUGUUCGUUUCUGCACAUUCUUCCUUAUUGUUUGCGCUUUUCAGAGCUGGAUAAUGCUGUUCAUACGGUUUGGCUUUUGUUAGAAAUGUUUGCUUUGUGUUUUUACCAUUUGGUAGAUAACCUUACAGUUUAUAAAAUUGUUUGUGUCAGAGUUUGUGAUUUUAUGCUAUUUUUAAUACACAUUUCCUGAAUAAUUUAUGUAGGUUAGUGUGAUACAAUGUGAAAUGUGAGAUCCUUAUUGUACAAUGUUUUUAAAUAACUUAUCAGUCUGCUUGGAAAUUAAAUUGUUUGGAA